UAAAGCCUGCUGAGUUUCCCCUCAAUGUCUCUCGGAAGUUUAUGUUUACUUCAUAUACACACACUCACAUAGAGAUUUCGACGUCUUUUUGUUGUCCAACAACUACAGCAAAACACAAUCCUACAAGAUUCGUACCUUGAUAAGUACGCACCGGAGAAAGACCGCCGCUCAAAUGCCCCGUCGUGUGCGCUACAACGCAGCGACGACGCUCGACGGCUACAUCGCCUCCCCAGACGGGAGCGCGUCCUGGAUCGUCGAAGAUGAGAGGAUCGACUUUGCGGCGUUAUACGCCGAAUUCGACGUCUUCGUCAUGGGUCGCAAAACAUACCACGUCAUGCGCUCCUUCGCAGCCCAGUCGAGCGACGAUCCGCUGGCGGGGAAACGCGUCUUCGUUGUCAGUCGCACGCUGGAAAAGCCCCAAGACGGCGACAAUAGCGACAUCACUAUCGUUGGGGACGACUUUCUGGACGUUAUAAGGCGUCUCAGGGAGGAGGAGGACGGGAAGGAUGUCUGGCUGAUGGGGGGUGGGGAGCUUGUGGCUGCUUGCCUUGAGGCGGGGCUAGUUGACUCUAUCGAGGCUGCUGUCAUGCCAGUUGUCUUGGGGGAUGGAAUUAAAAUGAUUGCGUCGCUGUCGCCUGGUGAAUCGAAUCGAUCGUGGAGGCUUCGGCUGAGGGGGGUUGAUCAGUUGGACAGUGGCAUUUUGAUGACCAGGUACGACGUGCUGAAGCACUGAGCCCGAGGAUGUUGUUAAUGGAUCAUGGUGGAAUCCAUAACGAGAUGCAGUGGAAAGGGCCAAGGUCGGCACUCUGCUUGGUUGAGGGGUCGGGAGAAGAAAAAGAAAAAAAAAGGGGGGGGA